AUGAUCAGCUUGGGGUGGAAGAGCCGGGCGUUCGCUUCCAGCUGGUCAUAGUCGAUGUAACCGGUCUUGGGGUUGACCUGGGAGAGGAAGAGGAGGGUUCAGUCACCUUGGUAUGGGUGAAGAUCAAUGCAGCACCAUAAUAAUACAGAAGGGGGUGCUGGGAGCGUGACACUUCCAACUCUAAGAGGCACCAACACUUAUGACAGGAGCACCCUGGAGCAUCUCUCUGUACCUUAUAGGGCAUGGACUCAAAGAAGAUCGAGGUGGCAGAGAUCUUCUUCUUCUCUGUCAUGAACCCAUGGGUGAGGUGGCCUCCAUCGGGCAGGUCCAGCCCCAUGAUCCUGCCAUGGGGCUCCACCAGGGCUGUGUACACCGCAAAGUUUGCGGGUGUCCCUGCAGCAAGAGCACACCAGGACAGGUAUGAGUGCUGGGGCAUGCAGAGGUCUGUGCAACUGGGCUGGCUCUCCUAAGCACCCCAUUACCUGAGUAGGGCUGGACGUUGACCCCCCACUUCUGGGGGUCGAGCCGGUACGCCUGCAGGGCUCGCUUCUGGCACAGCCUUUCCAGCUCGUCUAUGAACUCUGUCCCACCAUAGUACCUGACAGGGAAGCAUCGAACAGGGGUUAAAACCAAACUCACGAUUCAGGCCCAUCCCAGUGAUCCAGCUGGGAAGAAACUGGGAUGUUGCUGCAGUUGUGGCAGGCACUGGGAGAGCAGCUGCAGCAGAUGUGAUCCUGCUGAGGCUGUCCUACAUGUGGCCAAGGACAGAAGCCAAGAGGGUCAGAGCGUCCCAGAGGUGAGGUCUGGUGGUGGCUCCUCUCCCUCCCUGCAGGGGUUUGGGUUGGGUUGGCCUCAGUUACCUCUGUCCUGGGUACCCCUCGGAGUAUUUGUUGUUCAUGCAGGAUCCCAGGGCCUCCAGGACCGCUCGGCUCGCAAAGUUCUCUGAUGCAAUCAGUUCCAGCCCAAGCUUCUGCCGCUGCUUCUCCUUCUUGAUGAUGUUGUGCACCUGUGGGAGAGGAGAGAAACAGCUUUACCCAUGCUGGGAAUGGAGAAAGGCCUGGAAAGGACUGCUUGCUCACGAUGGACAGCGUCUCUUCUUCCCCUCCACUCUUCUCUGCCAGUUUCCCCACUGACCAGCCUGACAACACCACUGCCCAUGCUGAGGACUCCAGCCUCCAGAAGAGCAUGCACAUCCUCUCCAUGGUGGUGUACAGCAUCGCCUGUUUGCUGGGGGUAACAGGCAACGGCCUUGUCAUCUGGAUCACAGGCUUCAAGAUGAAGAAGACGGUGAACUCAGUCUGGUUCCUCAACCUGGCCAUUGCAGACUUCAUCUUCACCUUCUUCCUGCCCCUCAGCAUUGCCUACACUGCCCUGGGCUUCCACUGGCCAUUUGGGAAGCUCCUGUGCAAGCUGAACAGCACCAUCGCCUUCCUCAACAUGUUUGCCAGCGUCUUCCUCCUGACAGUCAUCAGCAUGGACCGCUGUGUUUCUGUGGCCUUUCCCGUCUGGUCUCACAACCACCGGAGCCCAGAGCUGGCAGCCAGGAUCGCAGUGGGGACGUGGGUCCUGGCACUGCUCCUCAGCUCCCCAUACCUUGUUUUUCGGGACACUAUGCUCAGCUCCAGGAACAGCACCAGCUGCUACAAUAAUUUUGCCCUGUCCGAUGACUACUCGUCCGAGGCGACGCGGAGGCUGUGGAGGAUGAGGCAUAAAGCCAUGAUCAUAACACGGUUCUUAUGCGGGUUCCUCAUCCCUUUCACGGUGAUCCUCAUCUGCUACAGCAUCGUUGCCAUCAAGCUGAAAAGGCGGCAGUUAGCCAGCUCUGCGAAGCCAUACAGAAUCAUCAUCGCUGUCACGGUCUCAUUCUUCCUCUGUUAUUUCCCCUAUCAUGUCUUCUCCUUGCUGGAGAUAUCCAAAAACUCUUCCAGUCCUGAGAUGAAAAUGGCCCUUUACAUCGGGAUCCCCUUGGUUUCCAGCCUGGCUUUCUUCAACAGCUGCAUCAACCCCAUCCUGUAUGUAUUUGUGGGGCCAGAUUUCAAGGAGAAGUUCCGCCAGUCCAUCCUAUCCACCUUCGAAGGGGCCUUCAGUGAUGAGUCGGUCCUGGGCAGCCUCACCAGCCGGAGGAAGUCCAGGUCUGCUUCCGAAGUGGAGCCCCCAAGGGUCUGAGUGGGUGAUGGUGUAGAGGGGACAGUUCUUUCUCUGCACUGUCCCCUUGUUUCAGAGCUAUGACCACAGGACUGGGGGCUGCAAAGGGCUGUGGUGGCUAAGAAAGUGUGAUCCAGUGUUUUGGGGGUACAUCAAGCAUACUCUGACUUAGUACACUAUGGAAACAACUCUGUGGAGCUGCAGCAGUGUGGGUCAAAGUAGUAGCAUUUUACUCCCUUUGCCACUUCCCUGGGGGAGACAUCUGGGGACAAAUCCUGCUUGCAUCUCCACUGGGUUCACCUGCAGCCUGCGGCACAUUUGCACAUUGCAAACCACAGGGAGAUUUUCUUCCUUGGCCUUACCAGACUUUCCUGGCAGCUCAUCUUCACUGGGGUUCCACCAGAUGGGAAAGCAGGUGCCAUUGCAUGUGGCUGCACUGGAGGUGUAUGGCUGCACCAGCAUUUCGUCUGUCCAGAGGAGAAAAGGAGGGAGGGGAGAGCUAUUUCACAAGUCCCUGGUAAUUAAACUCAUCUUUUCUCUCCUCAGAUAUGAGGUAGGAUGAAGUAUUGGUUGUGCUGCAGUUACUCAGGUUCGAUGGGCAGUGGAACUGUUUCUGAGCAAUGCUUGGCUAUGUUCGUGUUUGACAUGUUUCUGGCCCUUAAAUAGCAGAGAUCUGACAUUUUGCACUGGUGGUGAAUGAAUACUGAAUCCCAAU